AUGCCCGGUUCCCCCACUCUUUUGGCACCGGACAUUGCGCUUAAGUUUCCUGGGAUCAGGCCCUGGAGUUGCACAACACCCAACGCAACUCGAACGUUCUCUUUUGGCUACCAACAGAAGCAACAACGGCAUGGACAAUCCAAGUUUUUCCACUUCAAACAGCUCUCAACGGCCCAGCGACGCAUGCUCAGGCAGCACAGUAUCAUCGUCCGUGUUGGCGCUGCGGGGUCAAACAGCUCGGCCGAAAUCAAGGGCCUUGCCAGUUCUGGUCUCUCGGAUGGCAAGCGGACGAUUGUGAUUGGGCGGCGGACUGGCGUGGCACAGCCCGGCAGUCUUGCGUGGUUACACAAGGCUCAAUGA